UACGCUGUGAUAAAUUCCCAUUUCAAGCCAUAUUCAAUGUAUUCGUGUUAAUUUAUUCGUUAAUAUAUAAUAUUUCGUGUGAAUACUAACUACAGUAGGACGUGCUUGUUCUGUUGUUCCUGAUUGACAAGAUGAUGACCAAUCAGAUGCGGCGCUUUGACUAGGGUUUCGUCCGUACAGCCAAUGAAAUUGUUUUUUGUAUACGUGGUCCCGCCUUUAAUCAAGGUCGUAUGACGUUUAGUUAGGUAUUUGGGUGGAUUUGUUUUUGUGCACGCGUAUUCCGACAAGCGGAAUUCCUUUGCUAGGAUUGGCCAGAAGUUGACUGACAGCGUGAGAUUGGAAGGAUCAGCCAAUCACAGGCGAGGAGGCGGGCUUUUUUUUUGGGGAAUACGGGCAGGAAAAGAAAGCUUGGAACUCAAAUUUCUUGAUUAUGAAGAUAGCUAAGCAGAGAUGGUACUAGCCGUGAAUAUGAAUGAAUAAAAUGUGUGAAUGUUAGAGAAAGGUGAAAUAUUGUCAGAGGAGUGUGUCUAUCUGUUUCAAUGAAUCUUGUAUGAGAGGCACAGAAGCACAACCCCUGCGCUUGCUCAAUGAGUAAUGAGUACAUUCUGGAGCAUGUCGAUGAACGCCGGCCGUAAGAGAUCUGAGAGUGAGGAGCAGGGUGGUCCAGGCGACCAGAAAGCCAGUCCGGCUCGUCCUCCCUUCGGGAAGAAGCAGCUCCCCUCCAUACCCAAGAAUGCAGUUCCAGUCACUAAAGCAUCCUCACCAGCUUCAGUGACGCAGGCCACCAACGGCACACACGCCUCCUAUGGACCAUUUUACCUGGAGUAUUCCCUUCUCGCAGAGUUUACGCUGGUGAUAAAGCAGAAACUCCCGGGGAUCUAUGUUCAGCCCUCUUACAGAUCAGCCCUGAUGUGGUUCGGUGUGAUUUUCAUUCGCCACGGCUUGUACCAGGACGGCGUUUUUAAAUUCACAGUGUAUAUUCCCGAUAACUAUCCUGAUGGAGAGUGUCCCAAAGUGGUGUUUGAUAUCCCGGUGUUUCACCCGCUGGUGGACCCUGUUUCUGGAGAGCUGGAUGUGAGGAGAGCGUUCACCAAGUGGAGACGGAACCAUAACCACAUCUGGCAGGUGCUAAUGUACGCAAGGACGAUCUUUUACAAGAUUAACACUAUGGAACCACUCAACCCUGAGGCUGCUGUAUUAUAUGACAAGGAUAUUCAGCUCUUCAAAAGUAAAGUGGUCGACAGUGUGAAACUAUGCAACAGCCACCUUUUCGACCAGCCCAAGAUCGAUGAUCCUUAUGCAAUAAGCUUCUCUCCAUGGAAUCCAGUUGUGCACGAUGAAGCGAAAGAGAAGAUGUUCACACACAAAAGACGACCUGAAGAUCAGCCGAAAGGGCUCCAGGUGUCAGGACUGUCGUGGGUGAAACCCGGAUCCACACUGCCGUUCAGUAAAGAGGAGUAUCCACUCCAGACCUGAAUCUGCAGCACCAGACGUGGUGGUGCAAGGCUUCAUCCAGUGCCACUUGGACUUGCUGUGGCUGCCUAAGUCUAGAAAUCUCAAAGCAGUUCCAUGAACUUCCUCUUUUUUUUUUUUUGGCUAAACAUUUGUUCAGCUUUAAAGAAAUUUCAUGUAGACCUCCUCUUGCUGAAACAGCUUUAGAUCUUUUAAACCAGGCUUGAGCUUUAUUUGGUAUAGACCUGAAUGGAUGUUAGUCACCAUGCCAAGGUAAGAAUGCAAUCAAAUUGCGUAUUGCAUAAAGCCCAUUAUCUUCAAACAUCGUGCAAAUUUUUGCUCUUUUUCUUGUUUAAUUUUUUUUUAUUUUCUUUUCCCAAAUGCAACAGACCACCUCACUAUUUUGUGGGAGAACAUUUUAAUGGUUUUUGGUAGUAAAUUCACAAAGAAUGUUCAGUAGGUGGUUAGAUGUGUAGCUUAUGAUUUGAGUGAUUGGAAAAAAUCCAAGCUUAUUGCCUCCAAGCUUAUUGCCUACCAGCAGCACUGGCUUUGUUAUGGUCAUUCAAAAUGUAAUUGUGUUAUUACACAUACCUGGGCUGUUCUGAGCCUGUAAUAGGAGGGGGCAUUCUCUAAAAAUGGUCCAAGCCAAUCCAAUCUACAAAAUGCUGUCAUCAGUUCAGGUCACUUAAGAUGUAAUUUGAUCCUAACAUCUUGGUCGGGACAUGCCAGAUAUAAUUUGAUAAACUGGUAGAACAGAAAGCUUGGGUUUUGUACAAUAGAAUUUGACUUGAAGUUUGCUUUGAUUUUUGUUUUUUUUUUGUUUUUUUUUUUUUGUACACAUGACUACAUUACAUUAAGUAAUUUUCAGUUUCAUCUCACCUUUUUUAAAAGAUAAACUGGUUAUCACUACACUAUACUGUGUGUUGGUUUGUUUUGCUUUGUUUUUUUUUUUUUUUUUUUUUUUUUUUUUUUUUUUUUUUUUUGAUCAUUUCUUUUUAUUUCGUCCCAUUUUUGUGUAAUGAACUAUACUGUUUAAAUAGUUUUAAUAUAUAAUGCAGAGCAAGAGGAAUACCUUUAAGUAUGACAAUAAGUUAUCUGUAAUUUCUCUCCAUACUGUAUAGUGAAUGUCUAUUAAUGAAUGGAUGAUGGGUGGGGUUUGAUAUGUAAAUAGUGACAUUUGUGGAAAUGAAAGGCCACCCUCUCAGAAGUUUACUAAAAACUCCCGGUUUAUUUAUAUACAAAUAUUAAAUGGUUAAAGCCUUGUUUUUUGAUUUUGUUCUCAUGCUAUUCAUGUUUCUUCUCCUAUCCACCUUGUUUGAUAUGAAGGCUGGACUGUGUAAGCAAUGUGAGGUUUUAAAAUGCUAUCUUAAAGCAAAUAAAUUUAAGAUUUCAGUUUCA